AAGUACCAAACACGUGGGCCUUGAAAGCCUCAAAGAAAUUUGGACAUUUGGGCCUUAAAAGCCCUUAACGCUGAGACUGAGCAGGCAAACGCAGCUCUUUGUCAUCUUCUUCUUCUUCUUCCCCUGAAUCGAACUCCACAACCCUUUCACUCAGAUAGAGAGAGAGAGAGGAGAGUAUCUGUGAUCGAGCAUGGGAGGAGGUGAGCACGCACACGGAGAUGGAGCGCACGGCGGCGAUUUCAGGGCCAAGGUGUGGAGUAUGAGUGGUGGACCGUACUGUAGGCCCAAGCACUGGAAGCGCAACACCGCCAUCGCCAUGGCCGGCAUCUUCCUUGUCUGUAUUCCUAUCGCCAUGAAAUCUGCCGAGCUCGAGCAACGGCCACAUAAUCCUGUUCGCCCGAUUCCUUCACAACUCUGGUGCAAGAACUUUGGAAAGAAAGAUUACUGAGUUUAUUUAGGACCAUCCGGUGAAAGAAGUACCUGUGGAGGUUAGGUAUCUAAUUCUUCCGGAAUGCGAAUUAUUCCUUGUAGAUGUUUGUGGAGAAUAUGAGCUGCCUUUUAAGACAUUUGUGCUCAUGUUUCCAUAGCAUUGAGUCCAUGACUCAUUGUUUGUGAGGAAUUUGCUUGCUAAACUAUCAAUCACCAUAAUAAAUUGUCGACUCCUUUUGUGGCGAUUCAUUGAA